CGGAUAUCCCGGUUUGGGUUCUUCUGUCUCAGUUUCGCCCCUCCUCCGAAUGUGGAAAAAAAAAACUUCUCAGAUUCCCAGUAGAAAGCGAAGCCGCAUUCAAAAUAAGCUUGGGUUGAGUUGAAUCCCGAAUCGUCAAUCGAAGCUGUUACUUUUUGAAGCCAGGAAGAUGUUUGUUCCAGGAACCACGAGCCAUCCGCCGGCAGAUAUGACGAUUCCUCACAACGAGCAGUUGAUCUUCACUAUCAUGACGCAGAUUCCAUUCAUCUUUGUGCUGUAUAAAGCCUUCAAAAACCUGGCCAAAGGUGACCCAACGUGUCUUCUCUUUGCAAUUGGGGGUGUGAUUGCCUCCGCGUUGGAGCCCGCCGUGGAUGUUAUGGGAUUCUGCUAUUUUCCACGAGAAGGCAACUGGAUCGCAUUUGAAUGGCACGGCCGUCCCAUUCCGGUAUUUGUGCCAGCAACUUAUGGCUGGUUUGUGGGAGGCCAGGGGUAUUGGUUUUUGACAGUUCUCCGCAACGAGAGGACAACCCGGCGUGACGUGUGGAAGCUUUGGCUCAGGUCAUUUUCUGUGAACUUGGCGCUAGAGUAUCCUCCGUUGUAUUGGGGGAUUUACAUCUAUUACGGCCACCAACCUUUUUCUAUCGGUGGCUUUCCUCUCUGGUUUCCGGCUAUUCAUGCAGUGUCCCCGAUGAUGGCGGCUGGCAUCGUCUUUAUUCUUCGCAACCAUUUGAAGGGCUGGAAAAAUGUCAUGAUUCCAGCCAUAGUUUCCUCGGCAUAUGCGAUGGCGAAUGCUGGGUUGGGGUGGCCUGUUUGGGUAGCACUCAGUCUUGACAAUGGGUAUCGCACAACCUAUGGCGCAGCUAUAGCCACAGUCUCCCUUAUUGCUACCACCAUAUGGAUCGUCUCAUUGGCAGUUCCGGAUGCGUUGGGAAGCGCCUCAAAGAGAAAAUAACAGAACAACGCGAACAUGGGCCGCCAAAGAUGAGAGAAGGGUAACAGAAGAGGGAGUAUGCUGGGGAUGAAUCUGUAGGAAAUAGAGCAUUGGAGAUGACGGCAACGAAAGGGGAUUAGAGCCAAAAUUUGUAGCGAAGAAGGUUUUCAUUUGUGGUUCAUAUCUUGACAUAGAAGCUGGAGUAAAUAUACUGCUGGAUGACGGACUUUCAACCCUCCAGACUACUUCUUUAACAAAG